AUGCGUCCCGCCAAUUUCCUCCGGGCUCUUCAGCCCCUGCGCUCCUCCAUGAUGCGCUCCACCACCACUACCACCUCCACAACAGCGCCCUCUCUAUACCAGACCACCCUGCGCUCUCUCACGACCACCGUCCCCCGACUCAACGAGCAACAGCAACAACAACCACAACAACAAGAAGCCGACCUAUCUUCGUCCACGACUACUACUACCACCACCGCCGUCCCCCCCUCCCUCCGCAGCUACCCCUACAAGACCAAGACCGGCACCGUCGUCUCCGUCGGCCGCAUGGACCGCACCGUCCGCGUCAGCCACCGCCACACCAUUUGGGACGCACACAUCCAGAAGCCCUACCCCAAGGUAACGAACUACUUGGUGUCGGAUCCGCGCAACUCACUGCGCGAGGGCGACGUCAUUGAGUUCUCGUCCGGCUACCCGAAGAGCCGGAACGUGCGCCACGUUGUGGAGAGAAUCAUUGCGCCGUUUGGAUCUGCUAUUGAGGAUAGACCGGCUGUUUUGACUCGUGAGGAGAGGGAUGCUGAGCGUGCGGCUAAGAGAGCUGCUAAGUGGGAGCGUAGAGAGGCGAGGAGGGCCGAGGCUGGUGUGUCUGAGAGUGAGGGGAAGGGUGGGGAGCAUGUUGGGAGGAUUAGGAGGUUGGUGCUUGAAAGGACUGGAGGGGUUGAGGUUUAG